GAGCCGGACACUCAGCACGAAGCGACACUGGCAGCGGCAAGAAUGAGAGGAGAGAAGUUCACAGGGUGAGCUAGGCUGGUUGGCAGCCGUUGUCGCAUUCUCGGAGGAAUUAAGCAACCCGCUGGACGCCGAGAAGUCGCGGGACAGACCGUGUUACUGGAACCAAUAACUGGUGGAUACGUGUGGUUUCUGGAGACCGAGCAGCAGCGGCGGCGGCAGGAGGAGCAGUGCGAGUGUGUGAGUGUUUUGGCGGCGGUCCCGCUGCUAGCGAAACAUGAACAAAAACCACCGAGUUCCGAGCAACCGUUCUCUGAGUGCCGUGGAGGUGAAGAGCAAGUUUGGUGCAGAGUUUCGUCGGUUCUCACUGGAUCGGUCGAAGCCGGGCCGCUUCGAUGAGUUCUACGGCCUCCUGCAGCAUGUGCAUCGCAUCCCCAACGUGGAGCUGCUGGUGGGCUACGCCGACGUCCACGGGGACCUGCUGCCCAUCAACAAUGACGAUAACUACCACAAAGCCAUCUCCGUGGCCAGUCCUCUACUCAGACUGUUCCUGCAGAGGACAGAGGAAGCUGAUUACACCUUUGGCACCAACUCGCUGACGAGGAAGAAGAACACAGUGCUUUCAGCGGUUCUUCUGCGGCCUGACACCAACAGGAAAAAGACACCGGUGAUCAUCAGCCUUCCGAGGGACUUCCGCCCCGUCUCCUCCAUCAUCGAUGUGGACAUCCUCCCCGAGACGCACCGACGCGUUCGCCUGUACAAGCACGGCCAGGAGAAACCGCUGGGUUUCUACAUCCGAGACGGCUCCAGCGUGCGGGUCACUCCGCAGGGCCUGGAGAAGGUUCCGGGCAUCUUUAUCUCCCGCAUGGUUCCCGGCGGGCUGGCAGAGAGCACCGGCCUGCUGGCGGUCAACGACGAGGUGCUUGAGGUGAACGGUAUCGAGGUGGCUGGAAAAUCUUUGGACCAGGUGACAGACAUGAUGAUCGCAAACAGUCACAACCUCAUCAUCACCGUCAAGCCGGCCAACCAGCGGAACAAUGUGGUCCGCAGCGGAGGGGGCGGAGGAGCGUCCGGCAGCUCGGGGCGCUCGUCGGACAGCGGCGCCAGCUACUACGGCUACUCGUCGCACGCCGCCGCGGCCUCCAUGCCGUCGCACAUCAUCCAGAACUUCCCCGUGGGGGAGCUGGAGAGCGACGAGGAUGACGAGGACUUGGUGAUCGAAGCAGGAGGCGAGGCCGAGCCCAUCAGACGCGCCUCCUCUACCUACAGCAUGCCCUCCAUGCUCCGCUACGAGCCGCACCUGAACCUCCGCAUUUCCACCGCCUCAACAUCCGCCCUCUCCGUCAACACCAACGGAACCCUGCCAGCCAGCGGCAGCAGUGGGUCACUUAGCAACGCUAUCGCCACUUCCACCACACCGUCCCCAGACAGAGUUAUGGAGAGGCGGAGUCUGGAGGAGGACGGCACUGUGAUAACUCUGUAGGCUGGGUGCUAUCACCCUAAACACUGGAAACCAGAGACACACCCACAUGCUCUCAGUGUGGGAGUCAGGUUGUCAAACGGCAGCAUCACAGCGCCUGAACCUGAGAAGCACAAGGAAAUGUGUACAUAUGAAAUCUCAACAUGAGAUGGGAUUAGGGUCACAUGUGAAAAGAUAGAAUGCUGACUUUAAUAAUAUUCAACUUUUAAUACAUUUUCUUUUUUAAAUCUGAAACUCUUUAUUUUUUUAAUUCUGACUUGAUUCUCAAAAUUCUGACUGAAGAGUCUGGACUUAUAUACAUUUAAAAAAAUUCAAUUCUGACUUUAAACUCAGACCUAAUUGUUAGUUUGCUGACUUUUUUCUCAGAUUUCUGACUUUAUUCAAGAAACAAAUGCAUUAUUUAAAUAUACUUUGCCUUUAAAUUGCAACUUUAUUCUUUAAAUUCUAACUUAACGCUCAAAAUGUUGAAGUUAUAUUCCAAACUUAAAUACAUUUUAAAAAUCAACUCAGAUUUUAUUCUCUGAAUUGUUACUUUAUUCAAGUCAGAACUCAAAUAGAUAUAAAAAACGUUUUAAGAUGAACUCUGACUUAAACCUUAAAACUUUUUCACAAGUGUCCCUAAUCCUCUUCCGUACCGUCGAACACUGCACUCCAUACUUUUGUGCUCUACAUGCCAAUGUCCAGCAUGUGUGCCAUAAUGGUGACCCCCCCUGCCCAGUUAUGCGGGGACAAAACUGUCAGACAAAGAAGUGUAGAAGAAGUGUAAUUUGAUGCCCCCCCCCCUUCACUUAAUUUCUAUCUCAUGACAAGGACUUGUUAAACCUGUUAUUACCCUGAGCUUCCACAAGAGGGCAGAGACGAGACAUCUGUCCAUAAAUACAUGACGGUAGAAGUCAUGUUAGCAAGUGAAUCCCCCCCACAUGACAAACACACUAAAGCACGUUUUUAGCUUUUAGCAUUGCUGACAAUCUACUGGUGGUAAUUGUUUUGCCUUCUCCUCCCUUUAACCCCUCCCUGCCCCCAGGUGACCACAGCAUGCGAUUGGUAAACAAUGUUGGUAUUUUUCCACACAGCAAUCGACCAAGUGCUGAGAUCUGCAAUAAUACUGUAGCUUUUACUGGAGGAGGAACCACCUAAAGAACAAGUCAGGGUUCUGUGGUGGCUCAGAUGCUUUUUUAAAACCACUGUCUUUCCUCUUUUUACCUGCUGUGUUAAUCACUGACUGAUAAUGAAGAUGAUUUUGAUAAUUCUAGGGAGCAACUUUUAUUUUGAAAAUCCCUUUAACAUCAGGCCUAUGAUUUAUAUCAUGUGAAUAUUUAGUUUCAGUUUUUUUUUUUUACACAAUACUUGUAUCUCACAAGUGACUGUAGGACCAGAUUUAUCUGACCAGCUGGAAGUCGCUCCAGUAAAAUUGUUUCAUCUCUAGAUUUAAUUUCCCAUUUCUUCAUAUUGCACUCCCUUUCCUUUCCCACGACAAGGGCUAUUUUCCCCUGCUGCGUGUGUACAAAUGAAAUAAUGUGAAUGUGAUUUAAUAUUUUAGUUUGAUUGUUUUCUUCCUCUCCAUUCUCUCUGGACCACAACUCAAUAUAUCUCCCCUCAGAGCUGAACAAUAUAUUCACCUGCCGAGACAUUCACAUAUGAAUGGGUUCUAUCCAAUAUUAACGUCCUGUGUCUCAUUGAAUUAAAUAAUGACACACUCACAGAGAAUGUAACCCAACAACUGUAGUCAGAAUGCUAAAUAUUGACCCGAUCAAUAGCUGGACUGUAACACUAACAGUAAAUACAACCACAUAAGUGAGUUUAAGUGAGUGAUAGAUAACGUGUCAAGAGAGAAGCUGCUUGUACCUGGUCAGAUUGAGUCAUAUUUAAACAAACAUCCAUGCAGGUAGGCUGCGCUCGGACUGGUUCUCAGACUGUAUUUGAUGAAGGUGAGGCAGGCUGUCUUGCGUACAUUGCUCUGGUCUGGUUUAAGUAUUUACAUCCAAGUAAUUGCUCUUCUUAACAAGGGUCCAGUGAUCGUGCUCUCUGCAAACACUUGACUGACAGAAUAGGACUACAUUUUGAAGCAUUUCCAUUUAAAGCAGCACUAUGAAAAAAUGUUAAGACCUUUUAAGCCAAUUAAAAUGUCCGGCUGACUAAAUGAGGGCUGUACCAAAAUUGGAAGCUUCAGAGCUACCAUAUUAACAUUUUAGUUCUAUUCACUUCUUUUUUUGCAUGUUUUAUUCUGUUUGAACCCAAUUUCCUUGCAAAAACUAAACUCGAAAAGGAGGCAAGUGAAGGAAAAAGUUUUAGGGUGAUAUUAUCAUAAAAAUGUGAUGACAGCCAUAAAAAGUUUAAUUUAACACCUCAAUUAAAGCUACAAAUGUAAAAAAAAAAGAAAAAGAAAAGGACAUUAGGUACAGCCUUAGCAUAAAUACAAUUGCCUUGUCUUACAGGUGUAUUCUGAAUUCACCAACAAAUGUUAAAAGUGCAGCUUUAAAUUGAAUUUUUGUUACUUUUAACAAAUAAUUUGGCUGAUAUAACCCAUUUUAGAAAUGUGUUCUCAUGCCAUUAAACAUUGUCCACAGAAAGAAGUGAUUCUGGCCUGGCUUUCAGCUCUUGAAACAGAUCCAUAACAUUUAUUAGAAGUACGUUCAUGUCCAUUAACAUUACACGCUGCUGCUAACUGCCUCCCUGAAGAGAGAGCAGAUGGUCUAUUAUUUCCCUUAUUGAUUUUUUCUUGCAUUCACUAUCUUGUUAAAAGUCAUAUCAUUCACUUCCCCAUGGAUUUUAUCUCGCUAAAACAUGAACUGGACAGAAAGAUACACUCGGUAAUGUUUAUUGGCUUCCACUGAACCCAUGUGCACUUUUUCUUGGAACACAAGUUAUUUUUAUUGCUUGAAUAUAUCAUGACGGUGAAAACCUAUGACUGGAAACAUCCACUAUUGUAUUUCAUUAUAUAAGGUACUUUCUUUUCUUUCAUGGUACACACAGUUCUGAUGGUCUUCUCUCAUUCCCAACAUUAAUGAAUGGUACUCUGAAUGACUUUUAGAAAUCAAUGUUAAUUUAUUCUCUUAAUUUCUAACCUUUACCACAGGACACUGGGAUUGUAACCACAGCGACGUUGUUAUUUAUUCUCUAAUCAUGCGUCUGCAUAUUUUCUUUCUUUGUACACAUUUUAUGACUUUAUUUUUAUAACAUGUUUAUUCGUGAUUGUUUUGGUCGUAAAUCUCAUAGAUGUUAUUGCCCGAUAGAUGAUUUCAGUAGGUGAUUUUACUGGCAUAAAGCACGUGUGCAAGACGUGACACCAUUUUUUUUCAUACUGUGAAUUAUAAUUAGCAGAACCCUCAAAACAGGCGUCUUGUUUUGCUUAGUUUUUUUUUUAUGAUCGAGCAAUGAUUUUUUUGCUUGCCAGAUAAAUUCUAUGGUAUAGAUUUGUAAUGAAGAUUGUCAGUAUUUUCAUAUCGAUGCUAUAUAUGAUGUACAUUUUUAUCAAAUUUAAUGAAAAUAUUUUAAGAUUCAACUGGAGAUGUAUGAAUUAAUAAAUGUACACUUGUAAUUGCUGAUUGGAGGAGCUGGAUGAAAUAAAACUAAUGUGUAGCAA